AUUCGACUUGAAAGUCUUCCCACACGGCACAUGGCGACACUGCAUGCGAGUUGGACGUGUUAUGAAGUGGAGCGGGAGGGUUUUAUUGCCGUUUGCUAAUUUCUGGAGCAUACAUACACAAAUUUUGUUGUACAGAAGUCAAAAUGUCGCAGUUACAGGCGAGGUUCUUCACGGAAGACCAAAGGUAUGUUGUAGAUGACGUCCCAUUCUCCAUCCCAGCUGCCUCUGAAGUCCAGGAUCUUAGCAACGUCAUCAACAAGCUCCUGGAAGCAAAGCAUGCAUCUCACAGUAGGGUGGAGUUUGACUUCCUGGUCAAGGGUCAGUUCCUGCGAACCCAGCUGUCCACUCACAUGGAGACGGAGGGAAUAUCUACGGAAGACGUAGUGGAGAUAGAGUACGUGCAGCGGAUCACGGCGCCGGAGCCAGAGGAGUGCAUCAUGCACGACGACUGGAUCAGCUCUGUGGAGGCGGACAGCGAGUGGAUCCUAACAGGAUCGUACGACAAGACAGCCAGGAUAUGGUCUUUAGAAGGGAAGGCGGUGACGACAAUGGCUGGACACUCUGACGUCGUGAAGGAUGUUGCCUGGGUCAAAAGAGAUGGCCUGACGUCCCUCCUCCUGACUGCGUCUCUGGACCAGACCGUCCUGCUGUGGGAGUGGAACUCUGAGAGGAACCAGGCGAAAGCCAGACACUGUUGUCGGGGACACACAGGAAGCGUCGACGCCAUUUCCACAGACCCCUCAGGCUCUAAGUUCUGCAGCGGCUCCUGGGACAAAAUGUUGAAGAUCUGGUCGGCGGUGCCCACAGAGGUGGCGGAUGAGGUGGAGGAGCUCGCUGACCGACCCAGGAAGAAACAGAAGACCCAGCAGCUCGGCCUGACCAGGACCCCCUUGAUGACGUUGUCCGGACACAACGAGGCGGUGUCCUCUGUCUUGUGGUGCGACAGCGAGGAAGUGUGCAGUGCAUCCUGGGACCAUACCAUCCGACUGUGGGACGUGGAAGCCGGAGUCAUGAAGACCACACUGUCGGGCAGUAAAGUGUUCAACUGCAUCUCCUACUCCCCUCUGUGUCGACGGCUGGCCUCAGCCAGCACCGACAGACACAUCAGACUGUGGGACCCUCGCACCAAAGACGGGACGCUGGUGCUGUUGUCUCUGACGUCCCAUACCGGCUGGGUCACCGCAGUCAAGUGGGCGCCUUCCCAUGAGCAUCAGCUCAUGUCCGGUUCCCUAGACAACCUGGUCAAACUCUGGGACACCAGGAGCUGCAAGGCUCCGUUGUACGAUCUGGCUGCUCACGAGGACAAAGUGUUUUGCGUGGAUUGGACAGACAGCGGGCUGAUGUUGAGCGGCGGCGCAGAUAACAAGCUCUACACCUACAGACACUCCGGCGCUCAGACGGAUGCAGGGGCGUAGGCAGACGCCAGCCAUCUUGUUUUCGGAACCUGGUUGUUUUACAGUCUCCCUGUGACCCGAGCAGAGCAUAAAUUAACUUUCCUUCCUCAAACGUGUCGACUUUACAAAAGACAAAUAAACCUACAGUUAUGUACAAGUGUUGUCUCCGUGUAAAAAAGGUAUUUGUUAUUAAAAACUUUUUUGUUUA